AUGGCCCCGACGCCAAUACCCGGAACCCCCAGAAGAGCUGCAAGUGGCUCAGGCACAAGGUCUACCCGCCCAAAAUCCGCAUCAGCCUCAAAUCGUCGGUUCGAAAAUUCAAUUAUCAAAAAUCCAAACACGGAGCCUCCCAAAAAAGGUCGAUACGUGCCAGGCGGUCCCGGUGGCGGUGGCAGAUACGUGGACGAGAACGGCCAAGAUUUACUACUAGUCGGCGGUACAGGACCAGGGGGUUAUAAUUAUAUUGGACCUCGCGGUCGUAUAGGACGCGAAAACGCUGCGAACGGAGUCCAACCGGUCGUUUACCCCCGCAGAGAUAAUCGAACAACAAGAACAAGAACAGUACUUCCUCGCGCACAACAGCCCCCCAUGGCCACCCCCAGCAGAUUUGGAUCGUCGUCGCAGGCUGCCGCAGCUGUCGCCCAAAAUGAUGGAUACAAGCCACGAGAAGAACGAAGCUGGGAGGAGUUUCACCCCGAUCUAGAUAUAAACCAAGAGAUGAUAUGUUUCAGUCAGGAAGCAGUAGAGGGAACAACGAACUCGGGACCAGCAACACCCGCCGGCGCAUCGCAAUCAGCAGAAGCAUCAGUGAAUGGUAAGCCUGGGCAAGCAAACGAUAAUGGUGAAAGUGGCACAAUCGCAAGUCCAAAUAGUGCAACCCCUAUUCCCUUACCAACCAGCAUUUCAAUACCAUAUACCAUUCCCGGCACACCAGGUGGAGGUAAGAGAAGACCUGGUCGUCCUCCAAAGAAUCCCGAAGCAUUCUACGCUGCAAGGGCUGCCGCGAAUCUUGGAAUACCUAUGGGCCUAACUACCCCGAAGACACCAAAAACACCAAAAGGUAUACAUGUUGCGAACAGUACUGCUAAGGAAAAGUUGACCCUACCCCAACCGUCGUUCCGACUAACAAACACUCUCAAAAAAUUCGACACGCCAGCAUUCGACCAAUAUGUCGAUAAAUCCAUGGCGAACGUGGGAUAUCAGGAAAGCGACGAAUUUAUUCGGCCCGAGCAAGAGUUCAUAAAGGCUUCUGAUAUCAAUUUCAACGAAGAUUUGGAUGGAAUAGGAAGCACCCUUGGUCGUGUUGAGUAUGACAUGGAUGAAGCAGACGAUAAAUGGUUGCAACAAUAUAACGAGAAGCGGAAGGCUGAAGGCGUUGAUGAAGUUCCUCGACACAUUUUCGAAGUUACUUUAACCAAGAUAGAGAAGGACUGGCACAAUCUAGAACGAACUAUACCAAAGCCGAAUCCAAAACCUCCUCAAACCCAUCGUCCCAGAUCUAGCUCAGCUGCUGCAGUUAAUGGCGAGGCCCAGGUCGGGGAAGAACAAGAUAGCAAAUGUGCUAUCUGUGAUGAUGGAGAUUGUGAAAAUACCAAUGCCAUUGUCUUUUGCGAUGGUUGCGACCUAGCCGUUCAUCAAGAAUGCUAUGGUGUUCCCUUUAUCCCUGAAGGUCAAUGGAUGUGCAGAAAGUGUCAAUUAAUUGGACGUUCUACUCCCACCUGCAUUUUCUGUCCAAACACUGAUGGGGCGUUCAAACAAACAAACGCUUCGAAAUGGUCACAUUUACUUUGUGCAAUGUGGAUUCCCGAAGUCUCUCUCGGCAACACUACAUUCAUGGAGCCAGUUAUGGAGGUUGAGAAAGUGCCAAAGAGCAGAUGGAAGUUGAACUGUUAUAUCUGCAACCAAAAUAUGGGCGCAUGCGUGCAAUGUGGCAAUAAGGCCUGCUUCACAGCGUUUCAUGUCACUUGUGCUCGCAGAGCUCGCCUGUUUUUGAAGAUGAAGAAUAACCAUGGUACACUGGCAGUUCUGGAUGGACAUGCUGUUCUGAAAGCUUUUUGCGAUAAACACUCGCCCCCGGAUCAUGCUCGGGAAAACGACACUGUCGCCGCUACUGCAGAAGCCCGGAGGUUCUACAAGAAGACUAUGCGUGGACGCGUAUGGGCUGAUUCCAAUGAAGCGGCAGGUAUGUUGGCUCUAGCGCAUCGCAAAGCUGGAAGACACCCCGAGGCUGCGGAGCUGAAUGGUGCUCGUGGAUCAUUGCUGCAAUACACCCAAGAUAUUCAGUCUGAGGAGCCAAUCAAAGGUGUCUGGAAACUUCCUUCGGGCGCUCCGAUCAUUCCGAAAGUUAUCUUCAACUCUGUUGAGAUGUCAUUGCAGCGUUAUAAUCUUCGCAGGCGUAGGGAGUGGACUGCAGAUUGUUGUAAGUAUUGGACACUCAAGAGAGAGGCCCGUAGGGGUGCAGCUCUAUUGAAGCGAUUACAACUCCAAAUGGAAAGUUUCUCUUCUAUGGAAAUCACCCGGCGCAACUUCUCAGGUAUGGGUCACGUUGGGAGGGAAAGACUUACACGCCGUAUUGGCUUCGCUCAACUUCUGCUCAAAGACAUCAACAAGCUUCGUGAACUUGCUGGAGAAGUUAAAGAACGGGAACUUAAGAAGUUGGAGGCUGCAAGAGUCGAGAAAGAUGCUGUCGAUACGAUAUACUUCCCUGUUGCACAUUUACUUCCCCCGGUCAUUGAAAAGGCUUUGCAACUCGAUAGCAAGAAGGCUUUUGCCGCUGGACUCAAUCGACUCAGUGAGAAGCUCAAUCAACGGUUUUAUACUACUACAGGAGCGUUUUCGAAAGACUUUGGUUCGGCGAUCAAUAUUGCUAUCAUGGACGAUGCUCAACAGGGUGAACAGAAAGGAAAUUCGGCUGGGGAAAUCGAAAGGACGUUCACUAAAAAGGCCAUUAUCGAAGUCCGAGAUCGUCGUAAACUCGGAAAACGCAUAGUCAAAGCUGUUCAGCCUAUGUUAGAGGCUGCAAUUCGAGCCGAGUGUGAUGUGGUUAAGACGACGCCUGAGGAUCAGCUAAAAGUGUUGAAUACCUUACUCGAAAACUGUUUACUUCCUCCUGAAGGUUUGAACGGCUCACUUGAUGCGUUCGCAGACGUUGGAGCAUUGGAGCCAUCGCAAGAUGAGGACAUGAUUGAUGUUGCGCAAUCAGGACAAGUUGCUUCUGAGGCUUUAGAGAAUGGCGUUGUACCACGCUUGGGAUCUCCCGAUGCCAGAGCUGAAGAUAUCGACACAGAUAUGCCAGAUGUCGAUGCCAGCGCCCACGCCGAGCAUGAUGUUGAGGAUGUUAUUCAUGUCGCGCCUGCUGCUACUCCUGGUACAGAACACAUGAUAGAUCCGCAACUCCUUGACAGCGGCAUCGAACAAGCCACUAUAAAUGGUAAUGCUAAUGGUAUUACACCACCUGAUACCAACGGGUACACUUCUACUCCAGAGGAUAUUCAACUUACUCCGCCAACACCACCAGUUUCGAAUGGUGAAAAUGUUACAGAUGGUGCAGACGUCCUUACCAAUGGGGGCAUCCCCUGGUAUGUCAAAGAUUUCCAGCCUGAAGGAACAAGCGUCUUGCAAGAGGUUUCGGUUGAGAAUUCGAAUGGCUCUCACGCAAGCGAUGACCUCAGCGAAAUGGACGAUGAGGAUGUCAAAGCAUUAGCUGGCAUUCAAGAUGGCCCGAGUGAACAGAAUGGGACAACACCAGCCACAAAAGCAAGGAAAGGGAAGGGCAGAAGAAAAUUUCGAGGAUUCAAGUAA